AGUUUAUCCAUGUGCAUUUCCCACCAUUACCGAAAAUGCUUACUUACACUCCUCCCUCUCUCCACCUCCACCUCCAUCUCCACCGUUACCCUCAUUCGACCACCAUCUCCUCCUCCCUCCACCACCACCCUAACCAUCCGACCACCACAGCACCUGACCCUGUCCUCCGUAUUCAUAACUCAAAAACCACUUCCUUCCUCCACCACCGCCAACUGGCCACCACCACCACCAACGAAACAAAGAACCCACCCCAAGAAUACGAAAAUGACCACCACCAUCACCGAGAUUCCGAAGAUAAACCCAAAACCCCACCACACAUACUUCCACCUCAAGAGAAACAAAACAUCCUAGAAAUGUCCCUGGUCACCAAACGCGGCCCACAAUUCCCAGGCUCCAUUUACGCCAAUUCUCUCCCUUCUCUCCAAUCCGUAAUCCAAACCCAAAACGAAGACGAUGAGGAUGAUGAAGAGGUGAUGAUAAGACGGGCGCUUGAUAUUAGAAGGAAGGUAACAGCGGAGGUUUUCAAGGCAGCAAUGAAGAAGGGAAAGUUUGGGAUUACGUAUUCGACGAAUUUGGUUAAUAGACUGCCGGAUUUUAUUGACCACGUGAUGAUCGAAGCCGCUGCGUUGAAAAGGUCCCCUGAGUUUAAGGAUUCCACCUUUAAUUUGCGUGCUAAGCUUGUUAUUGAUCACUCCAAUGUUGUUCCUCUCAUAAGGUGGCUGAAACACAAUAACCUCUCAUAUCCCAAAAUUGCAAAGCUGAUAUGCAUGUCUAAAGGGAAUCUUGACUCUAUAAGACGGCUCGUUGAGUGGUUGAAGACGGUUUAUGUGAAAGGAGAAUUUCUGGGUGCAACGCUUUUGAAAUCCGGAGACGAUAUUUUGCAUCGUAGUCUAGAAGAACUGGAUGAGAUUGUUGAUUAUUUGGAGAGUAAUGGAGUUAGGAGGGACUGGAUCGGUUUCGUUAUUAGCCGAUGUCCGAGGUUGUUGUCCUAUAGUAUGGAGGAAGUGAAAACGCGAGUCGAUUUUUACUUGAAUAUGGGUAUGAAUGAGAAUGAUUUCGGGACAAUGGUAUUUGAUUAUCCGGGUGUACUUGGCUACUUCACUCUUGAAGAGAUGAAUCAAAAGGUUAAUUAUCUGAAAGAGUUUGGGCUCAGUACCGAAGAUGUCGGGAAAUUACUAGCUUUCAGGCCACAGUUGAUGGGUUGCAGCAUUGAAGAAAGAUGGAAGCCGCUUGUUAAGUACUUAUAUUACCUCGGAAUUUCUCGAGAUGGAAUGAGGAGAAUGCUUACCAUUAAACCAAUGAUUUUCUGUUUCAAUUUCGAGGCUACAAUUGCACCAAAGGUACAAUUUUUCCGGGACAUUGGUGUUCGAGAGGAUGCCAUCGGUAACAUGCUUGUUAAGUUCCCUCCCUUACUAACCUACAGCCUGCACAAGAAAAUUCGGCCAGUGGUCAUAUAUUUGAUGACCAAAGCUGGAGUUACAGAGAAGGAUAUCGGUAAGGUUAUAGCUUUGGGACCAGAGCUAUUGGGUUGCAAUAUAGCAAAAACCCUUGAGGUUAAUGUAAAGUAUUUUCUUUCACUUGGCAUACGAGUUAGACAGCUGGGUGAGAUGAUUGGCGAUUUCCCUAAACUUCUUCGAUACAAAGUAGAUCUUCUGUAUCCCAAGUAUCAAUACUUACGGAGAACGAUGGUACGCCCCUUGCAGGAUGUCAUUGAAUUUCCCAGGUUUUUCAGCUAUUCUCUUGAAGAGCGAAUAAUUCCGAGGCACAAAAUUAUGGUGGAGAAUCGGGUUAACUUCAAACUUCGCUACAUGUUGGCGUGCACUGAUGAAGAGUUCAACCAAAGGGUUGCAGAUAAGGUCGAAAGGAGGCGGAGAUUUGAAUCCGGUCGCAUGGAUGAUGCAGUGUCUGAUUCUCAAAUGGCCGAAGGUACCUUGGGGAAGACGGCAAGUAGUAGCUUAUCCAGCUGAUGUAAAUGCGUUUUUUGGGUUCUCGUGUAAAGGAUUAAGUCGAGGACAGAUGAGAAAUGGGCAUACCAGAAGUGAGGAUUCUCUAGGGUUGUUGCUGGGAGCUUGAAAGACUCUAUUAGGUCCUCACACCACUUUCGAUAUUUCUUAAAACCUCAAUGACCUUCAUUCAUUUCUUGGAUGUAAAUACUAAUGAAAUUUAUCUCCAUUUCCCCCUUUAACGUAGGAUCAAAGGGUUUGUGCAUACUAGUGGGAUUGUGUACUAGAUCAUGUGUAUCUAUUAAAUAUAUGAAGACAAUUAUGAGCCUGAAAUUUUCAUGAAAGCUCAUAUUUAUUACA